AUGGCAUCGAGUUUGAAGUUAGAGGAAGAGUCUGGUGUUAUAAAGUCUGGACCAGUCGUUGCUGGAUUUGCACCCAUCAAGUCCAAGAAGAGCUACUACGCCGUACUUUGUGAACGUGCGCUGGAGUUGCACGAAAGCGAAAAAGCUUACCGAAAACACAAAUCUGCCAGGCAUCUCAUUGAUCUUUCGACGGCGUUCAACCUUCACAACGACCAUUUCGAUCCGAAACUCAAGCGAUGUGUGUGCUUAAUGGGUCCUGAUGAAACUUUAUGCUUAAGAGUGGAUGACGGAGGCAAAGCCGGAGAUGAUGGGCGUCAGAAUACCGAGUGGUACGACGCGAUCAUGUCAGCAUUAAUUCCGUCGAGAGCGUUACGACUCGGAAGACCGAUACAACCACUGGAAUUUUUUGAAUGCGUUUGGGAUGUCGAUGUGGUCGGCAUGCCGAAAUUGAAGAGGCCACCACGCCCGGAAGAUUCUCUCCAGAACAUAUGCGUCCGUCUCCCACAAGUUGCGGGACCGAAACGUUUGUGCUUUUACGCCCAUACCAUCAUCCUCUGCAAACGCCGUAUAGAGCCAGCUGUCAGUGGUCUGCCGCCAUCCGGUAUUCCACCUUUCAAUUCCGAGGACUUCAUUGAGAUUCCACGUAAGUGUGUGGCUUUCUUCGGCUGUCAAGAGAGGUACUUUUUGAUGCGAUUAGGUAGGAGUGCACCAUCGGGUGCGAGUGAAUUAUGGGCUCAGUGUGACAACGAUGAAGUCGCCCUCGAUAUUCACAAUAAGCUGAAUGCGAUAAUUGAAAGAGAGUCGGAAAAAGAAAGGAAAAUGAACAAUGGCGUCACAAAACCUCCUGGUCUUCUGUCGCUUCGUUCGCAUCAAGGGCACCAUCGCGAUCGUUGUCAUACGCAAGGUUCGCAGCGAACACGCACUUCGUCUUUCCUUAGUGGACGGGUUUCCACAUACUCAUCUCACAGUACAAUCGGCAGUAAACCGACUACGCCUUCUUCUCAAGCUAGUUCAACUCUUGCUUCACGUGCGUACAGCAUCUCAUACGGUUCACAAGCGCCAUCAAAGAUUCCAACACCGCCAGCAAGUUCGAUGAUGAGUGUAUUUCCACAACGACAACCAUCACAAGAAGAUUUUGGUGUUUAUCAAGCUAUGGUUCCGCCGCCGUCAAGUACCGGUUCUGAGGCUUCACUCUCAUCACCUGUCGACGCUUCCAUUGCUUUAGAUAGUCCUAGAAGCGUUAUGCACGGUAAGGCCAUGGAGCAAGUACCUGAAGAAGUUCCAGCUCCUCAACCAACAUCGGCGCCGAAUCGAAGUACGGACGAGACUUCGAAAACACCAGAUUUACCAAGCAGUGAUUAUCUUAUUUCCGAUAAUGGUUAUACUCCUAUGCAUGCCGCUGAAUGGACAUCUGUUGGAAGUAGCAGCCAUCUGAUCAUGCCUAGCCUCGAUCGUUACAAACUCGAAGAAGUCCGUUCGUAUGUAUCGGAUAGUAGCGACUACUGCAGUUCAACCGGCGUAGCCAACGGUUGCUCGGAAUUACAAAGUCCAGCCAAUCCUCCUCGUGCAUACUCUUUUGCUGGAAGGUGCAAUCUUCGUCCUACGACUACCAGCACUGGCAUCGGAGAGAACGCCAACUUACAUGCUGAGAACGCUUCCAACAGUCACCUGCAACCAAAUGAAGAUCCACGCAAAAGAGCCUUUUCCCUUGGCAGCAAGAAUCUCUUCCAACGACCUUUUCGAAAGAUUUCGCAGCCGAGGCAGCAGCGUGUUUCCCAGACAUCUGCCUCCAGUGUAUCGCUUGCCUCAUCCGAAUUUUCGUCAUCUUUUGGGCCAUCAUCAAGUGCGAAUCAUCUAUCAGCCAUGUGUUGUGCGGAAAAGGACGACUAUUUGCGAAAUCGUUCUGGAAGCUUUGGUUCUGGACGUAGUACUCCACACAACCGCAAAAGUGCAGCGCCAGGUGAAGGAACGGAUCACUUCGUUGAGAUUGAUUUUGGAAGUGGCAUCAGACGAUCUGGAAGCGGCUCCGUGGUGAGUGUAGACAGUCCAAGCAACUGCAUCCGAUCUCGCACCUCGUCAUUUGGUUGCCCCGUUCGAAAAGAUACUGAAAUCUUCACGUAUCCAACCGAUGUCUCUGAUGCCGAACUGACGCCCAGCCAGAUUGUCCUCGAACAAGCCCGACAGAGCAGUAUUGACGAGUCUUGUGAUUACGUGAUUCCGGUUGUACCUGAUUUGGAAGCUGUGAAGAACGCCCUAGCCGAAGUGAGUGAACAUGGACACCAUAUUGGUUUUACUUCACGUGUUGACCCAAAGACGAUCGACAUGCAUAGCUCACAACAUUUCGAGACUAUUGAAGAAAGUGCAUCGUUGAAAUCGUCGGCCUGCUCUUCCAGAAGUUCCACAGCUGUCGACGACAAGUUGUCUAAGGAAGAAGAAGAUAACGAUGAUUAUGCCGAUUUUGCCUGCCGCAAAAGUAACUUUGGUAUUGGUUCAAAAGAUCUCUUCGUCUCCACGGCGGAAGCUGAACGAACUAUGCGCACUUCUCCAUCUCUCAAUUCAUCGCUCAAGAGAACAAACGUCUUAUCAAGUCGUUCUAAGUCGGUGGUAGGAUUUACGCAUAAUGCUGCUGAAUCAGGAAAACCUGUGCUCGAUUAUGCAUCGAUUAAACCAGUGCGGGCAAUGUCAUAUUGA